AGAAGAAAUAGUAGAGUAGAAGAAAUAGCAAUAAAGCGUGGGGAGGCCGUCGUCCUCGUGACCAUCCUGUUCAAAUCCCCCACCCCCUUUCUCUCUCCUCCUUCCCUCCAACUACUCUCACUAUUCUAGAGAGAGAAUACACAGAGAGAGAGAGAGAGAGAGAGCUCAAUUAAGUGAAUUGGUGAGUGAAUUGGGGCUAUUUCCGGCGGCGGAGGAGAUCAAUUUCAUUUUUUUAACAAAAUGACGGCCGGCGGUUCAUCGACGGGGCGUCUGCCGACUUGGAAGGAGAGAGAGAACAACAAGAAGAGAGAGAGGCGGAGGAGAGCCAUCGCCGCCAAGAUAUACGCCGGACUUCGAUCUCAGGGCAAUUACAAGCUUCCCAAACACUGCGACAACAACGAAGUGCUGAAAGCCCUCUGCUCCGAGGCCGGCUGGGUUGUCGAAGACGACGGCACCACUUAUCGCAAGGGAUGCAAGCCACCCCCAUCAGACACAUUAACAGAAUCAAGAAACAUAAGCCUCUGUUCUUCAAUCCAACCAAGCCCGAAUUCUUCGGCUUUCCCGAGUCCAGCACCUUCUUACCCUACAAGCCCAACUCACCGGAACAAAAACCCCACCUCGUACAUUCUCCCAUUCCUUCAGAACUUAUCUUCGAUCCCUUCUUCGCUCCCGCCUCUUCGGAUAUCGAACAGUGCUCCGGUGACCCCGCCGCUUUCGUCUCCCACGAGAAACUCGAAGCCGAAGCCUUACUGGGAGACGAACGCUUCGAAUAUGUCGUCGUUGAAUUCUUUUCUGCACCCUAUUUUUGCCGCCUCUGCUCCGUCCAGCCCGACGCGCCGGAGGCGGUUUUUUACGCCUGUUCCGAUACCGGAGUGCGACGAGUCGGAUAUUUCUACGGUGAACUCUUCUUGCUCGCGGUGGGGCAGUUUUCAGACUGUGCCCACUUCGCCUACUUACAACCUCGUGAAAUCUCAGCAGAGUUCUGCGAACGGUGCCGAGUUUGGAUGGGGAGCUGCGGCGAAGAGGGCGUGUGGGCCCGAGUUUGAGUUCGAGAACGGUGGUGCGGUUAAGGCGUGGGAAGGUGAGAGAAUACACGAAGUGGGAAUGGAUGAUUUGGAGCUCACACUUGGUAGUGGAAAACCUAGUGCCUAUUAAGAUCACACGAAAAAAAAAAAAAAAAAAAAAGACGACGACCACGACAAUUUGGUUAAAGUAAAAAAGAAAAAAGCUUUGUUAGAAUCGAAUUCUUGAUUGCAUUAGGUUUGAAGCAGCUGAAUGGUGUUUAAGCAUUCUUGAAAAUGUGAAAUUUGUUAUAUUAUUAUUACUUCUUUUUUUCAUUUUUUUUUUCCGGUAGAUUGCCAUGUACAAAAACAAAAACGUUCGAAAACCCGAGUUGUGCUUCGUGUUGUUGUUUUCUCAGGUUGAAUUACCCAGAAAAGCAGCUCUGGUUCCUGUAAUAUGAUUUGCAAUAGAUGAUCUGAUUAUACUUUGAGAUUAUAAACCAUUUUUUAUUUUUUA